AUGGCAGCUAACAGACACAAGCGAAAGGCCGACGACAUUGUGGUCCCUGAUAUUUCAGAAGAUGCGGCCGAACGGAAGAGAGUGCUCAAUGUGUUGGCGCAGAGAAGAUAUAGGCAGCGAAAGAAAGAACAUAUGGCUCAGCUAGAAGCCAAGGCCAAAAAAUCUAGAGAGAAGACUCCAGAGUCGACGGAACCCGUUCCCUCUCCUGGGUCGAGAUCAUUGCGAGACCUAGACUCAACAAGCCCCCCGGUGGUUGGAGAGCAGGUUCCUACACCUCCAGAGGUGGACUAUGAAAUAUCACAAACAUUCGACAAUGGACUUUUACCGUUUGAAGGAGGCAUUGCCAAUUCCUUCGAUAAUCCGGUCCAAAUCGGAGGCGAGCCAGAUCUUUUUGGUUUGGACAAUAUACCAGAAUUUACGUUUGAUACGACACCCUCUCUAUCCACAAUAGGGACUGUAACCCCUCCGCCAGACCUACCCGAGCUCCCAGCAGAGCUCCAACUCAUGUCGGCAUCACCUACCUCGCCCAGCCAUUCUGCGCUCUCCCUCCAAUUCCUCGCAAAUCACCCGCAUGGCGAAACACAGCCUCUCUCGUCCGCAUUGCAAUCCUACCAGUCAUCCAACUUUACAUUCCCAGACGAUAAAAUCCUCGAUGUGCCGCCCUUGACUCUCCUACGGGCCAUGCUCACCAUCGCCACCAGGUUGAAUCUCACAGACUAUAUCUGGAAUAUGGCAGGUAUAAGCCCAUUCUAUACGGGUCCAACAGGCAUCAACAGUAAUGCCGCCCAGCCGCAGUUACCGUCGAACAUGGCGGAUCUUCCCAAAAACUUCCAUCCGACGCCCACUCAGCGAAUGGUUCCACACCAUGCGUUCCUUGACCUCCUACCAUGGCCCAGUGCGCGGGAUAAACUGAUCCAGGUGUUUAGUCUGCCGGUGCAGUUACGUCCUCCGUCUGCGGCAGACCCGAUGGGCCUAUUGGGGUUGGUGUACGAUAUGGAGGAUGCCGGCGAAGGGUUAAGGGUCAGUGGACCAGACCCGUUCUCGCCUGAGAUGUGGGAGGUCGGCCAACUAGUCUUCCAACGCUGGUGGUGGGCGUUUGAAGGCAGCAUCGUGGAGAGAAGUAAUCGCCUACGCGUCGAGAGAGGUCAACAGGGGCUUGUACUUGGGGCUGUACCGUGA